AUGGGGUAUGAGAAGACGCUUGCCCGAAGCUUUAGGCAAGCUGAGCCUCAAAAGCUUACUUUUGGAUUGCUUCUCGUAUGCUUCAUUGUUCUUCUAACUUAUCUUUCCAUCUCUAAGCCUUAUGAUGCCAUCCUCUCUGCCAUUAAUUUGAAGUUAUCAUCAGCUGAUUCAGCUCUGUCAGAUUUGAUGAACAAAGAUACAAUGAGCAACGUUUCAGGGAAAGAAAAUGCAAUUGUUGAGAGCAAAACUGCAGGCUGUAGUAAUAUUUCAAGCAAAUCAGUACACCUUUGCCAAAGUAAUGUAAUGCAAAGGAAUUCUUCUUCUGCUGAUAUUAGCUUUGAUCUUCCUCCUCUAAGUGAAGGAGAUGAAGUCAAAAAUAUCCAAUAUUUUGAUAUGGCCAAAGAUGAACCAAUCAUAAAUCCCGAAAAAUGGAAAUCAAUGUGCGAUUACUCCAACCGAAGAUCCGACGUCUGUGAAUUAACCGGCGACGUCCGAAUCCCCAUCAAUCAACGGUCAGUAUUACUAGUCGCCAAAUCCCAAUCCAACGACUCACACAAAAUCCGCCCUUACGCCCGCAAAUCUGAUCCGUCCGCAAUGUCAAACGUCGCCCAAUUCACCUUAAGAUUAUCCCAAAUUAACGACUCUCCUCUCUGCACUCACAACCACAGCUCCCCCGCCAUCGUCUUCUCCGUCGGCGGCUACGCCGGAAAUUACUUCCACGACUUCUCCGACAUUCUUCUUCCUCUUUUCCAGACUUCCCUUACUUUCCAUGGAAAAGUUCACUUCCUCGUAAGUAACUUCCGUUGGUGGUGGGUGAACAAAUAUCUCGCUAUAUUCCAAGGUCUCUCACAGUAUGAAAUCCUCAUAUUCAAUGAAGCUGAUAAUAAUAGCUCAGCCAUUCACUGCUUUCCCAAAGCAAUAAUUGGCCUUCAUAGCAACAACGAUUUGAUGUUAAAGAAAGGAGAUUCUAUGGUUCAGUUCACAGAGUUUUUGAGAAGAGCUUAUUUGCUUGAAAGAAAAGAGCCUAUUAAACCAGAAGAACUAGGUGUGAAAAAGCCAAGGCUUUUGAUUAUAGCUAGAAGUCAUACCAGGAGAUUUGUGAAUUUGGAGAAGAUAGUGAAGAUGGGAGAGAAGUUGGGGUUUGAGGUAUUGGUGGCUGAAGCAGAAGGGAAUGUGGUGAGGUUCGCACGUGUGGUGAACACGUGUGAUGUCAUGAUGGGAGUUCAUGGUGCCGGGCUUACUAACCUUGUGUUUUUGCCAACUAAUGCUGUGUUCAUACAAGUAGUUCCAUGGGGGAAGUUAGAUUGGAUUUCGAACACUUAUUUUAAGGAACCAGCGAUUAGUAUGAAGCUGAAGUAUUUGCAGUAUGAUAUAAAGGAAGAGGAGAGUACUUUAAUGGAGAUUUAUGGAAGAGAUGAUCCAGUGUUCAGAGAUCCUUACAGUAUUCAUAAGCUCGGAUGGGAGAGGAUGAAGGCGAUAUAUUUGGAGAAGCAGAAUGUGAAGCUUAAUGUGAAAAGAUUUAGAGGAGUUUUGGUUGAGGCUAUGAAGCUUUUGAGGCAGAGGUAGAGUUGGAGUGGCAGAGUGUAUAUGGAAAUUGUUUUGUAUUGUUUUUUUUUUCAUGAAUUUAUUCAUGUUUAUUGUUACUGUACCUAGUUGAAUUAUACAUACUGUUACAAGGAGAAGUGUGAGGAAGAUAAGAAAAUGUAUUGAUCUGAAUAAAAAAGCUGUGAAAAUCAUACAUAAUAGCUAUAAGAUCUAUCUCUUAUUAAAAGGAGAUGGAAUCAAUGCAUUGAGAAAUGGAUAGUUUAAAAUAAA